CGCUAAACAGUGAGGGGAGGAGCCAGGGAGUUGAGAGAGGGAGAGAAGGGAGGUAGAGAGAAAAAGCAGACGGGCUGCUGAAAAUGGAGAGCACACGGAGAAAGGUGAUCGGAGAUUAUUCAAGAGCAUGUCAAAAUAGGAAGACCACAACAGUUACACUAAACUCAAAAUAGGGAAGAACUCCACCGCAUAGACCCUUUUAGAAGAAGGAUCCAGCCUGCGAAAACAACAUUUAGCUGUUUGAUUUCAGCGCAAGAUCAAGUCAGUAAAAGAGAGAAGGUGUUUCUCAGUAUGAGUCGAGAUGGGCGGAGGAAGAGGGACAGGGAUGACAACGGUUGGGCUUCCAUGGGUGGCUACAUGGCUGCUAAGGUGUCCAAGCUGGAUGAGCAGUUUAAGAUGGACGCCCCCAGAGAGAAACAGAAAGAUGGAGCCUGCUCUAGCAUCUUCACUGGGGUGGCCAUCUAUGUCAACGGAUACACAGACCCCAGUGCAGACGAGCUGCGUAGGCUGAUGAUGCUGCAUGGUGGUCAGUUUCACAUGUACUAUUCCCGCUCCAAGACAACCCACAUAAUCGCCACCAACCUGCCCAACAGCAAGAUACAGGAGCUGAGGGACCAGAAGGUGGUCCGGCCGGAGUGGAUCACUGACAGUAUCAAGGCUGGCCAUCUCCUGUCCUACCUGCAGUACCAGCUCUAUGCCAAGCAAAAAGGCCUGAGCUUCCCCAGUGUGUGUGUUCGCCAGGGCCAGGAGGCUGCAGGACCCAGCCACAGGCAAACCCAACCCAGCCACAGCCUCCCUGUACCCAGCCUCAAUAACCUCAUACCUGGCCUCAACAACCCAGCCCCCAGCCUAGGGAAGCCCCUAUCUAGCCACCACACUCCUACAUCCAGCCACAGUCAUGUACACAUAGACAAUCUCCUCGACCAGCCCAACCAGUAUAACCCGCUAGCUGGCGACCUCAACCCCAAGCCCAGCCACUCGCUCCCCCUCCCCAGUCACCUCAACCCCCAGCCCAGCCACUCGCUCCCCCUCCCCAGUCACCUCAACCCUCAGUCCAGACACUUUAGCCCAGGACACUGCUUUCUCAGCCCCUACUCCUCCAAUCACCUCUACUCUGACCCAGGACACAUCCCCCACCACCCACCCAGCCAAGGGCAGCCAAAGCCAGGCUGCAUCCGGCCUCUUGCUCCAGCCGACACCCACUCACAGACCCCCGGUCCCGUCCCAGCUCACCCCAGCCAUGAGCACUCUAAACCUGGGCACGCACAACCUCAGUCCAGCCUCUCCUUCUCCAACCACCUCCAGCACAGCUACCGGGAUCUGGACUUCAGACUAAAUGGAUCAUUACUGACCUAUGACAAGACGAGGACCGCCCAAAUAAACUGGGUGCAAGAGGGGGGCGGUGAGGACCCCUGUCCUGUCAGACCCACCAGAGGGGCAACGGACCCCCCUCUGACCAAUGGUCACGCCCACCCUGUGAAUGGUGCCUUAAAGCCUCUGGAUCUCUCCCCCAACCCCACACGACCCACAGACACCCCCCUGAACCCUGACAGGAAGUCCACGGGGGGGUCUGGGUCCCUGCAUCCUGCCAGCCCCCUAUCCAACUCCCCUUUGAAAUCUGACCCCCCCAAACUUCUCAACAGCCCCCCCAGGAACCUAACCCCUCCCCCUGUGUCUCACCACAGACACCACGAACAACUGGCCAAUGAACAGAGACUCAAACCCCCGCCGCCCACCUAUCAGGAGGCGACAGCUGCCUUGGCGUCCCGCCCCCUCAUUCUCCCACCUCCGAAGCCCCGUCAAUCAGAUUCCCCUCCUGAGAAACCCCUCCCCCUUGAUUACCCAAACCGCUCCCCUUCCCCUGUCCGUCUGAAUGGCAGUCACCACAAUGCCUUUACUCCUAACCCCGCCCCUCUUGAAACCAACAACUUAUCAGCUAUUCCCUCAAAUCCCGCCCCUCCAGACAGUGACCACCAAUCAGCACUGGCGAAGACAGGGGGGAUCAUCUCAGAGUUCUACUCCCACUCUCGUCUACAUCACAUCUCCACGUGGAGGAGUGAGUUCUCUGAGUAUGUCAACACGCUGCAGAGCAGGAGGAGGUCCACAGGGGGCGCCACAUUCCCCGGGAGAGACAGGCUCAAACGCCAGAGGAGAGAGGGUUCGUCAGCUGCUCCUGGCCCUCAGUCCUGUAUCCUGCAUGUGGACAUGGACUGUUUCUUUGUCUCUGUGGGGAUCAGACACAGGCCCGACCUCAAAGGGAAGCCAGUAGCUGUGACCAGUAACCGUGGUCCAGGCAGAGUGGCCCAGAGGCCUGGUGUUGACCGCCAGCUGGAGCUGCAGUACUACCAGAGGAAAUACUCCCAUGCAGGUGUCUCGGAGAGGAAGGAUGGGGACCUGGAGGAAAUUACCUCGGCCGAGAGUCACGUCUCCCACGGCAAUGGCGUCGACCUGGACACAACUUGCCUCUCUAUGGCUGAGAUUGCCUCCUGUAGCUACGAGGCCAGGCAGGCAGGAGUGAGGAAUGGGAUGUUUUUUGGCCAGGCCAAACAGCUCUGUCCUUCCCUGCAGUCUGUCCCUUAUGACUUCCAGGCUUACAAGGAGGUGGCACUUGCUAUGUACGAGACCCUCGCCAGUUAUACUCACAACAUUGAGGCUCUGAGUUGUGACGAGGCGUUGGUGGAUUGCUCUGCCCUGCUGGCUGAGUUGGGUGCUACACCUGAAGAGCUAGCCAGCGCCAUCCGGACAGAUGUCAGGGAGAGGACUGGGUGCACUGCCUCGGUGGGCAUGGGGUCCAACAUCCUGCUGGCGAGGAUGGCGACCCGGAAGGCCAAGCCGGACGGACAGUACCUCCUGAGGUCAGAGGAAGUGGACGACUUCAUCAGGGACCACACGGUCACUAGCCUGCCAGGUGUGGGCCGUUCUAUGGGCGCAAAGCUGGCGUCUCUGGGUGUGAGGUCGUGUGGGGACCUGCAGCAGGUGUCUCUACAGCAACUGCAGAAGGAGUUUGGCCCUCGCACCGGGCAGACCCUCUUCAGGUUCUGCCGAGGUCUGGACGACCGGCCCGUACGCAGCGAGAAGGAGAGGAAGUCUGUCUCGGCCGAGAUGAACUACAACAUCCGCUUCACACAGGUGGACGAGGCGGAGUCGUUCCUGACCAACCUGUCCAUGGAGGUGGAGAAGCGUCUUCAGGGGGCGGGGCUCAGGGGUCGCAGACUGACCCUAAAGGUCAUGGUGCGUAAGGUGGGGGCCCCGGUGGAGCCAUCCAAAUAUGGUGGUCACGGCAUCUGUGACAAUCUGGCCAGGUCAGUGACCCUGGCCCAGUCGACAGACAGUGGUCAGCUGAUAGCCAGUGAGGUCAUCAAGCUGUUCCACGCAAUGAGGCUGGAGGUGCAGGACCUGAGGGGGGUGGGCCUUCAGGUGCAGCUCCUUGAUGGGGCCCAUUCAGCCCCCCAUGACCCCUCCGGCCCUAAAACACGCUCCAUCAGAGACAUGCUUCUGGCCCAGCGGCCCCCCGCCAUACACAACCACACAGAUUCGCUAGCUGAUGCUCCUGUUGCUGACUCAACCACCAAUCAGGGGAAGAGUUCCUCUGCCACAGUCCCACCCCCCUUCUCCACUCUCCGCCCUCCUUCGCCUGCUGAUCCAAUCCCAGGGACAAGUAAAGAAGAGCCGCUGCCCUCUACACGCACACCUAACCAUGUUCGGACGCGCCUCAACCUCAGCAUCGAGGUCCCCUCUCCUUCACAGGUGGACAGGUCAGUGUUGGACGCCUUGCCUGCAGAAUUGAGAGAACAGGUGGAGCGCUCCUGGACCCACAGAGAGACAGAGAGAUCCCACAACGGGUCACACCACCGCCCCUCUAGCCCUCACCCCUCUUCCCUUCUUUCUUCCCCCUCCUCUCCUCCUCCCCCCGCUGCCCUUCCUGUAGGAACACUGGUGCUUCAGAUCCCCAACCAGCCUGGACAGCCUGGCUCCACGGGCAUCAUACUGGAACUGCCUGACUUUUCCCAGGUUGACCCGGAGGUGUUUGCGGCGCUCCCCAGAGAGCUCCAGGAGGAACUGCGUUCAGCGUACGGCCGCAGAGAGACCGCCCAGGCCCAAGGGAUCAUCAUGGCAGAGCAGAGGAACCCCCUGUUGCAGCUGAAGCAGGUUGGAGCGGGUCGGGUGAAGAGGCGCUACAAGAAGAAAAACGCCAACUCCAGCCCCACUAAGAAAGGCCCCUCCCCUCUAAAGAGGCCCCACCCACCAGGAAACAGCCCCGCCAAAGCCCUACAGCACCCGCUCAGACCGAGGGACCUAUCCAACGGCCUCAAGCUGGAGAAUGGACCUUCCACAUCCUCCCUAAAGCAGGAUGUCCCAGAGACUCUGUCUGAGUUCACCCCUCGCCCUGAACCCACCCUGGCUGGAGCCUGUGAUUUCACGGACAUCCGAACACUACUCAGAGAAUGGGUCACUACCAUCACAGAACCCAUGGAGGAGGACAUUCUGCAGGUGGUCAAGUACUGCACUGAUCUGAUCGAGGACAAAGACCUGGAGAAACUUGACCUGGUCAUCAAGUACAUGAAGAGGUUGAUGCAGCAGUCUGUGGAGUCUGUGUGGAGCAUGGCCUUUGACUUCAUCCUGGACAACGUGCAGGUGGUGGUACAGCAGACCUACGGCAGCACUCUGAAGAUCACAUAGGAGAGGACACGGCAGGCUCUAGCCGAGUCUCAUAUCACACCCUAUUCCCCAUAUAGUGCAUUGGUCAAAAGUAGUGCACUAGUAUGUGGGGGAUAGGAUGCCAUUUGAGAUCCAGUUUUGCUCCUCCACACACUCUGCAUCAGUGCUCUGUUUGUUGUACCACUGCUACAUCAUCAAACUAUUACAUUAUAAUCCUGACGGGAGGAGCUGUGUUCUAAUCUUGUGACAUCACAGUGAAAGAGUUCUGUGAUAUCAGCUCAGCAAGCUCCAUAGAAUUAGUAACAAUAGGAUCUAUAUGACAAGCUCUCGCUCACUGACCUGCAUUCUAUUUCGACUUCAUUAUGACACGUUGUCAGCAGAACACAGCACAGGAAUCAGCUGCACUACACUUCAGCAGCCUGAAUAUCAACUUGGCCCGACACGCACUGUCCAACCGUCCAUGGGCAGGGGGGGGGGGGGGGGGGGGGCAGGAACACUCCUCCUGUAGCCACUGUUGGUCAGGACCCACUGAAUCUCAUGAGUGAUGGCUGACUCGACCAUUAGGUGUGUGAAUGUGCCAAAUAUCACAGUCUGAUGCCUGGAGAUGGUGGCCAUGGAAUCUCCUUGCCUUCUCGACGGUCUACUCUGCCUCCCCUCCCUUCCCCCCCUAUUCUGUGACAUCCAGGGUUUGGAGGCAGAAAGAAGGAAACCAUAGACAUCCACUUUUCCUGGCUCUGUUUCUUUUCUCUCUCUGCUUUUCACCAGUCGUUCUGUUACUCUAAGCUCUGCCACCAUAGCCUCCGAAGUAUCUGCAAACUGACAUGGUAGCAAAAAGAUGCAAAACAUCCUGUUUGGGAGAUUGUCUUUAAAAAGCAAGCAAUUUUUUUGUACCUUUCCUCUGCAAAAAAGUGCCGAACCUUGUUAUGGCAUGUAAAUGGUGUUUUCAACACCUCUUGUUAAGUUUCAAAAGAAAAAAACAUGUUUCUAUAUAGACAUUCUUAUGUUUUCUCUUGUAUUGGUUACAAGUAGUGUGUUAUUAACUGUUGUUAGUUCUCUCUUUUGCUCUUUCAUCGUGGGUGUGUGUGUUUUGACAGGAUGGAAACCAAAAUUUGGCCAAAGCGCUUAUGUUACUUUUUUUAUGCAACCUCUAUAGGUUGACACAGAAUUGCAAUGGUGUGAAGUGGCUUCCUCUCCUUCAACUACACUGAUGAGAAAAUAUAGGAGAAAGCAAUAUUAUAUCGCUUUGGAUAACUAUGACGUGCAGAUGGUGAGGAGAGGAAGCCAUUUUAGGCUAUUGUGAGGCACCCACUCUCCUUGUGAGCUGUCAAUACUCUGUGACAUCAAAUUAAAUAAUACUUGCUUAUGACCUCACAACAAUGUCACACCUUUUUGUGACAUUGCAGAAUUAAAUGUUCUCUUAUUGUGACAUCGCGGGAUACAAAUGUUCAAGAGAACACACAUUUGUUGCAAAAAAAGAACUGACAGUUUUCUCUCAUUGUGACAUCAGCAGAGUGGAUGACAUGGUGGUUUUGAAAUGGUUUCUACUGUACCUGAUCCAUGAACAUAUUACGGUGAGUAUGCUGGGGAAAUGAAUGUAGUUCUAAACACAGGAGACAGACAGACAACCCUUUGAUUCUGAGUUUAUUUCCUUAGAAUGUGUAUGCUGUGGUCUCUGAGUGAAUGUAUAAUACUCACUUUUCCUCUCAUCUGCCCUAACUCUACAAAAGGGAAGGGCCAGAAGGAAUUAUCUCAUUGGUCAGUGUACCUGUCUAUCACGACUGACCCGUGCCUGAAGACCUGAAGCUGUGACAUCAUUUGUAUGUUUUCUAAGAACUUGAUAAUAAACUUGGAACUUGUAAAAAAUGUAUUUUAA